UGCACCCACAUGCAGAGCAAGUAGCUUCAGGGCAGUUGGGCUACUGUUGCUUUGACCAGGCUGCACACAGAAAUGGCUUGUGGAGUUCAUUUGGGGAUCUUGCUGGUUUGCUUAGUUCAAGCAGAGCAUGUACGUUGUUUGUGGGCUAAACAAGCUCAGCGCUCCCAGGCACAAAACGGCAACACAUAUGUUGGCUUCUUGCAACAGAACAGUGGCUUUGGUGGCAGCUAUCCCCAGAAUCAACUCAGACAUGGCUCCAUUUCUUCAGCCCAGAGGCCUAACCUUGAAACACGGCCUGCUGCUAGCAGUGGUUACAACCAGGGACUUUCCAAGAGUGGCAACACAAAACCUGGUUCACAGCCGACUAAAAGUGGCUAUGCUAAAGUCAGGUUAGUGCAGAGCAGCUCAACAAACCCCAAAUGGCAGACGACCAAAUUCAAUCAGGUAGAUGCACAAAAGGCACCGAAAAAGUUUUUUGGCCUUUCUACUGCUAUUGCUAGUGGAAGUUCUGUGAGUAAAUAUGAUAAGAGCAGCAAGAAAACUUCAGCAAUUCAGCAGCCACACAGUAGCAAAUAUCCACCCAGCAGUUCUGCAUAUCCUCCUAAGGAAAGCUACUCCUCUCGACUGAACUAUCAGUCAGCACAGACAGCUCCAGCUGCUGCUCACAAGUCUUCCAGUCUGUUUGGUCAAGGUGCUCCUUUGCCUAAUACAAGACCUGUACGGACGAAGACGUCAGCCAGCGCCCCUGCUAGAAGAGUGUCUUCAAGUCGUGGCUCUGGAGCAUCUAAACCCUCCAGUUUCUCAUCCUUCAAAAAUGAGGGAAACAACCCGAGCCAGAGCGAAGCUUGGAAGCCACACCAAAGCAAACUGUUUCCUGUGAAUGCCCAAGGAAGCUACAAGCCUACUUCCAACUCCAACAUGGCCUCAAGCCGUGUAAGUUACAGCCAGUCUCUUCCAGUGUCCAUCAAACAAAGUGGUCCCUUACAGCCACGCAGCGGAAAGCCAACAAGUCAGAGGUUGAACUCCGCUGAGCAGCUCACUGGCACAGGAACCUCUGCCGGGAAACUCUUCGCCCCAACUAAAGUCCAUAAAAUCCCUGAGCGCUUCGGUGGCUUCCCUAUCAGACGGCUGAAAGAUCCAGUUGACCAGCAGGAGAGUGUCAGAAAGCCACAGCAGAACUCCGUGGCUCCCCAGCUCUAUACAGUGUCAUCGUCCCAGCAGAACUCUGUGGCUCCCCAGGAUCAGUUGGUGUCGUCGGGCCUGCUGACCUUCGUGGCUCCCCAGCGCCAGUUGUCCUCGUCUUUGUCCAAGCAGACCUAUGUGCCUCAUCAGCGCCAGGCGUCGGCGGCGUCUUCGGCCCAACGGACCUACGUGGCUCCUCAGCGCCAGGCGGCGGCGUCCUCAGCCCAACAGAACUACAUGGCUCCUCAGCGCCAGGUGGCAUCUUCCCAGCAGGCAUCCAUGGCCCAUGAGCCAACCUACCUGGCUCAACAGCAGUCUGCUGAUCAGAAACCACAGGGCAAGAGUGUUCAUCUUGGGAGCAAAUGGAAGAGGGUCAAGAUGAGGCCAAACCUGCAACAGUAGCAGGUACAGCAGAUGUCCUGCAAUGAAUUAAUAGUUGUUGAAAUAAAUUAUUAAAUUUAAA